AUGCGUGGCCGAGGCGCGGCAGGUGCGGCCAGGCACCAGCGAGGGGGGAACGCGCGGGCGGCGCGGCUGGGAAGCACGCCGGCGCGCGCGAUGCAGCAACAGACAAGCAGCGGGGCCGGGCUGCUCGCGGGAACGAGCGGGAGGCAGGCGCAUGCGCCUAGCGCGAGCGAGGGCGGCCAACGGGGUGAGCGGCUGCGUGGUGGGCGCGGCCACGGGGAGGCAGCAGAGGGCAGCGCCGAGGUGGUCGCGGGCGUGCGGCCGCUGCGGCGUUGCGAGGCGGGAGCGCUGCUGGGCAGCGGUGGCAAGUACAGCAGCAGCAGCAUCAGGCGAGCAGGGGGGAGGCCGCGCGCGUGGGCCGGUCGCCGACGGGCGCUGUCAAAAGGGGCAGGGGCGUGGCCAGGGAUGCAUAGCGCGCGCGGGCACGACGACGGGCGCGUCGGCCGCGAGUACGGGUUUGGUGGUGCGGCGACUACGGCGGUGGAAACGUAA